AGCAGUGGAUCAUCAGGCGUAGAAAACUUUGUAUGUAACCCUCUCGACGACUCUUUCCCAGCUCAAGUCGGUAAAAUCCUCAUCUUCUCGUUAAUUAUCCUGACAAGCUUUUUUGGCAACUCUCUCAUAAUUUUCAUAGUGUAUAAGCGUCCAGAAUUAAGAAAAACGACAAAUUACUUCAUUGUAAAUAUGGCUGUCUCCGACUUUAUAUUCCCACUUGCAGCUAUUCCUCUUAGCUUGGCUUAUUUGGUGUCCGGCUCUUUAGAAUGGUUUAUUGACGGAAUGGCGGGAUUAAUCCUCUGUAAACUAGGAACAUUUCUGAGGCGUGUUUCAGCGUCAGUUUCUUUAGAAAGCCUCGUGUGGAUCGCUUUAGAUCGGUUUGUGGCUGUCGUGUUGCCGAUGAAAGUUCGUCUGAUUUCGAGGAGAGUCCGAGCUUUCGGUAUUGUCUCUACCUGGAUCACAGCGAUAGUAAUCAAUUCUGUUGACUUGUACAUGUACGAUUUGGUAGAAAAACAUCACACUUUAAGGUGUUCAUACUCUCCAGUGUAUUGGUAUACAUUGAUCUAUUUGCUGCGAGUGGCCUUGUUUUGCAUUGCCCCAUUAUUCGCAAUGACUAUUUUAUACUGUAUGAUAGCAGUGACUUUGCGGAAACAAGACAAAGCUCUCCGCCUCGCCACAAAUAAUCAGGCAGAUCACAAAAAGCGACGUGCAUUUAAAAUGAGUAUGUCUAUUAUGGCUUCAUUCUAUAUUUGCGUUAUUCCAAUGUUUGUUCUGAACAUCGUCUUGCGAAUGGGAAUCGAAGUGCCGUGUUUGUCUCUCAAGUUGCUGAUUUUUUUCGGUUAUUUUAUGCUAUAUUUUUCUUCUACAAUCAACCCAAUUAUUUGCAUCGCAUUUGUUCGUAGUUACCGUCGUGGAUUCAUAGAUAUCUUUCAUUCCUCCUGGAGAAAAAUACUAAAUGCAAGUAACGCUGAAACACGUCAACGUGAAAACUUCAGUCUUCAGCAAAUCAGGCUCACACCAAUUUCAGAAAAAAGGGAAAUACCCUCAACAUAA